AUUUUAUAAUAAAUAUGUCUAUAGUUUUACCAAAUUUAUUACUUGAAGAAUAUACCAAAAUCCUUAAAACUGGUGAAUUUUCCGAUGUAGAAAUAUUAGUUGGAGAAAAUGCAAACACAAAAACAUUUCGUUUGCAUUCUCUUGUAUUAAAAAUUUGUUCGCCUUAUUUUCGUAGUGCCUUUUCAAAUAAUUGGGUAAAAGUUGAAAAUAAUAUUAUUAAGUUUCAAAAACCAAAUAUUUCUGUUAAAGUAUUCGAAAUUCUUAUCAACGGUAAACUCGAACUUGCAAAUAGUGAUAUUAAGACAAUCAUUGCGCUUUUAAUUGCAGCUGAUGAAUUAUGCCUUAAUGAAUUGUGCCCCCAUAUUGAAAAAUAUCUUCUUAAUGAUAAAGAGUCAUUGAAGUCAAACUUUGUUCAUAUCUUACAAACUGUAAAUAAAUUUGAACAAUUUAAAAAUUUAUCAGUAUUUUGUAGAGAAGCUUGUCAGAAGGAUCCUUCCUUAGUUCUAAGAGCGGAUGAUUUCGUUACUAUUGAACAAGAAUACCUUCUUGAAUUUUUGACCAAAAAUAAUGAUUUUUUAAGACAAAUUGAAGUCUGGGAUAAGCUUAUUCAAUGGGCUAUUGCAAAAUCUAAUAAUGAAUUACCAUCUGAUGUCACAAAAUGGACCAACAAUAAUGUAACAACAUUUGGUAUUUUGAUUCAACCAUUUAUUUCACAUAUUAAUUUUCAAAAAAUAAGCUGUAUGGAUUUUUUUCAAAAAAUUAAGCCAUUUAAAAUCAUUUUUGAUGAUAAGCUUUAUAUUAAAAUUAUUGAAAAUUAUUGCUUUGAUAGUAUUCUUACAGGUUUGGCAAGUCCAAAUUAUAUAGAUUCUCAAAUAAUUAACUUAAGGGAUGCUUCAUUUAUCUCUAAUUGGAUAAAAAUUAUGAAGGAACAAAAACCAGAAGUUACUUAUGAAUUUAAUUUACUUGUACGUGGAAGUAGAGAUGGAUUUGACACAAGUACAUUUCAUAAACGUUGCGAUAAUAGGGGACCUACAGUUACUAUUGUUCGUGUUAAAGAUACUAAUGAGAUUCUUGGAGGAUUUAAUCCACAUAAUUGGAAUUCCGUGACUAGUUUUGGUAUAUUUAGUAGUACUAAAGAAAGUUUUAUUUUUUCUCUAGAUAAAAAUAAUCUAGAAAAUUCUAUCUUUAGUAAAGUUAUUGAUACACGACAUGCAAUUUUUAAUGGUAAUAAUUAUGGUCCAUUUUUUGGAUCUGGAAAUUCAGAUUUUGAAUUACUUUUUGAAGGAAAACGAGGUCAAUGUUCUAAACUUUGUUAUGAAAAAGCAAUUAGACAAAGUGAUAAAUAUUUUGAAGUAAAAGAAUAUGAAGUAUUUCAAGUUGUUUAUAGAUAAUUGUUUUUCAAAAAAGUAUUAAUUUACGUAAAUGUAGGACAAUUUACUAGAUAAGUUUGUGGUAACACAUGCAAUUCCAUUCAAUCACUUACGUUACUAUAAUUUCCUUUUUUAAUUAAGCUACCUUUGGCAAUACUCUUUUGAAAUACAAUUUUAUUUAUUUUUAACGUGAUUUACCCGUUUUACGUCAUGAUUGCAUAUUAAGUGACGGAUUUUAGCAAUUUCCGUUUACUUGGUAUAUCAAAGAACGCUUGAUUUCUAAAAACCGUCUUUUAUCUUACCUUUCAUAGCGAGUAACAUAACAUGAUUAUAUAAAUAAAAAACUGCAUAUUCAGCAAAGUCUAAGCAAGCCGAGAUUGAAUAUUCUGUGUUUGCUGAAUAUAAAAUAUGGAUCUAUUUUUUUGUAGGACAAAGGUUAC